CUGCAGUCAGACACUCAGAGGGACUUGGCUCUCCUUUUGAAUCCUGCUCAUCUUCAGUUCUCCACUGCUCAGAGUUGACAGCCGUUACCGCUGCAAACAUGAUGAGGAAGUCAUAUUCAGUCUCAGGUUCUGGUGGCAGCACCAGGAGGUCGUUUGCAGGACCAACAAGCAGCUACUCCGUAAAAAGAACCACUUAUAGUGGUGUUGGCGCUAGUGUUGGCGCUGGUUCUGGUUUUGGCACUGGUUCUGGAUUUGGUCUGUCUUCAGUGGGUGGUGGUUCUGGUUCUAGUUAUGGCUUUUCUUCUAGCCAAACAGCAGGCUGUUACAUGCCUCCACUGAUCACAGCUGUCCAAGUCAACCAGAGCCUGCUGGCCCCUCUGAACCUGGAGAUUGACCCCAACAUCCAGGUUGUCCGCACCCAGGAGAAGGAGCAGAUCAAGACCCUGAACAACCGCUUUGCCUCCUUCAUCGACAAGGUUCGUUUCCUGGAGCAACAGAACAAGAUGCUGGAGACCAAAUGGAACCUCCUGCAGGACCAGACCACCACCCGCUCCAACAUCGAGGGCAUGUUUGAGGCCUACAUUGCCAACCUGCGCAGACAGCUCGAUGGGCUGGGCAAUGAGAAGGGCAAGCUGGAGGGAGAGCUGAGGAACAUGCAGGGCCUGGUUGAGGACUUCAAGAGGAAGUAUGAAGAUGAAAUCAACAAACGUGCAGGUGCAGAGAACGAGUUUGUGCUCCUGAAGAAGGACGUUGAUGCUGCCUACAUGAACAAGGUGGAGCUGGAAGCCAGGGCUGAUGCUCUUCAGGAUGAGAUCAACUUCCUCAGGGCCGUCUAUGAGGCUGAGCUUCGUGAGCUGCAGGGCCAGAUCAAGGACACCUCCGUCGUCGUGGAGAUGGACAACAGCCGUAACCUGGACAUGGAUGCUAUUGUGGCUGAAGUGCGUGCUCAGUACGAGGACAUUGCCAACCGCAGCAAGGCUGAGGCAGAGACCUGGUACAAACAGAAGUAUGAGGAGAUGCAGAGCUCUGCCGGACAGUAUGGUGAUGACCUGCGCACAACCAAGGCUGAGAUUGCUGAGCUGAACCGCAUGAUCGCCCGUCUUCAGAAUGAGAUUGAGGCUGUCAAGGGACAGAGGGCCAGCCUUGAAGCUCAGAUCGCAGAGGCUGAGGGUGGUGAGCUGGCAGUGAAGGAUGCCAAGCACCGCAUCAAGGACCUGGAGGAUGCUCUGCAGAGAGCCAAGCAGGACAUGGCCCGCCAGGUGCGCGAAUACCAGGAGCUGAUGAAUGUCAAGCUGGCACUGGACAUCGAAAUCGCCACCUACAGGAAACUGCUGGAAGGAGAGGAGACCAGACUGGCCAGUGGCGGCUCCGGCGCAACCAUCCAUGUGCAGCAGAGCACUGGAGGUGGUGGAUUCUCCAGCUCCAGCUCCAGAGGUGGAUUUGGGUCCAGCGGUGGAUUCGGCUCCAGCGGUGGAUUUGGCUACGGUGGUGGUUAUGGUGGUACCCUCACCAAGUCCACAGUCUCAACAACCAGUUCCAGGAGAGUCUAUUAAAAAGGAGAGCCGUCCCUCUUUCCCUUCAGAAACUCUUGAAUUUGAUCUAAAUCUUUACCCUUUCAUGGUGCUAUGCAUUACUGUUAAGCAUGUUCAACAAGAAAGCUGAAUGUCCCAAAAAUUAGAUUCCUAAAAUCUGAGAGGUAAACAUGGCCUUAAACGAGGUCAGGUCAGUAAGCAAGACAACAUUUGUUUUCUUCCCGCACUGACAUCUAAGAAAUAGAAAAGAAGGGGGAAAAAACAAAGGUUUUGAUGGAGUGUUAAAACUAAUCAAGGAAACCAUUUGAAAAUCUGUACUCUAUCUUGUCUACUUAGAUACUUUUUGUACUGUAGCUGAAAUGAGCAGGUUUUCAGCUGAUGUCUUCAUUCCUACGGUUGAGUACUGAUAUUAGUAAGGGGAGCAAGUCACUGACUGAAUCUGAUCACUGGAGAAAUACAAAACUUUUAAAGUUGUGUGACUUGUUUACAGUUUAACUUUGAACCGAUUGGCUACUGACUUGUUCCUUUUCCUGUUCUGUCAAAUGUUUCCCUGCUUAGUUUUGCCUUUCUUUGCCUUCAAGAUAAAACAAUGUUGAAACCAGAUUUAUUUUGUAAAAGCAUUCUUAGCAACAUGACUGAUGAAUGUUGCAGCAAAUGCCAUCAAAUAAAUCUAAAUAAAAUAAAUCUGAGAACUAAAA